AUGAGAGCCACUGCAACGAGAACAGCGCUCAGACGCGGUGUUUCGGCGAUCCGCGCUACCAAAUAUACUCCAGUGGGAACCCUGCGGCUGUAUAGCGCUUCAGCCGUGAAAACAGGAACGCAGGGCGAUUCCAGACCAAGACCCGCGCCAAGCUUCGACAUGGAGCUAUCACAGACCAGUAAAAACAGCAAUAAACAUGCUGCGGAACGUGUCCAGAAAGGCCAGCAUUCUGCUUCAAAUAAUAGUGGUAUGGAUGACUCUUUCAUAGGACUAAACGGUGGUCAAAUUUUCCACGAAAUGAUGCGUCGUCACAACGUUGACACUGUGUUUGGAUACCCUGGUGGUGCCAUUCUGCCGGUGUACGAUGCCAUUUACGACAGCAAACACUUCAACUUUGUUCUUCCCAAACACGAACAAGGUGCUGGUCACAUGGCUGAAGGUUACGCCCGUGCUAGCGGUAAGCCAGGUAUCGUUUUGGUGACAUCGGGACCAGGUGCCACAAAUGUUAUCACUCCUAUGGCCGAUGCCUUGGUCGAUGGUACACCCAUGGUGGUGUUCACAGGCCAAGUAGCCACUUCUGCUAUCGGUACCGAUGCUUUCCAGGAAGCAGACGUCAUUGGUAUCUCGAGGCCAUGCACCAAGUGGAACGUCAUGGUCAAGACCAUCGACGAACUGCCCCGUCGUAUCAAUGAGGCUUUUGAAAUCGCCGUCAGCGGUAGACCAGGCCCUGUGCUCGUGGAUCUACCUAAGGACGUCACUUCUGCUGUCCUCAAGAACCCAAUUCCAGUUAACACAACGCUACCCUCGUCUGCCCUAGCUCAGCUAACCAGAACGGCUACUCAUGAAUUCACCGCUUCCAAUAUCGAAAGAGCUGCUGAAUUAAUAAAUAUUGCUAAGAAACCAGUGCUCUACGUGGGAGGAGGUAUUCUGGGCUCUGAGAAGGGUCCCAAAUUGUUACGCGAGCUAAGUGAGCGUGCACAAAUUCCAGUCACCACAACUCUACUAGGUCUAGGUGCUUUCGACCAAAAUGACCCCAAGUCUCUUGAUAUGCUAGGUAUGCAUGGAUCUGCAUUUGCUAAUCUAUCCAUGCAGAACGCUGAUCUGAUUAUCGCUUUGGGGACUCGUUUUGACGACCGUGUCACCGGCAGCGUGCCCAAAUUUGCUCCAGAAGCCCGCAAAGCUGCUCUAGAAAACAGAGGUGGUAUCAUCCAUUUCGAAAUUUCCCCAAAAAACAUCAACAAGGUUGUCGAAGCCCAGGUUGCUGUAGAGGGUGAUGUCAGCGACAACUUGGAGACUCUCCUGCCUCUGAUCAACUCCGUGGAAUCGCGCAAGGAAUGGUUCGAGAAGAUCGAGAGCUGGAAGAGAGACUUCCCAUACGAUUACCAGAGAGAAAGCACUGGUUCUAAAAUCAAGCCUCAAACCGUCAUUGCCAAGCUUUCGGACAUCGCAAACGCUUCCGAAAAGGAAGUUAUCGUUACCACAGGUAUCGGUCAACAUCAAAUGUGGGCUGCUCAACACUGGACAUGGACACAGCCUCGCAGUUUCAUCACCUCAGGUGGCUUGGGAACUAUGGGUUACGGUUUGCCCGCUGCCAUUGGUGCCCAGGUUGCUAAGCCUGAUGCGUUGGUCAUCGACAUCGAUGGUGACGCUUCUUUCAACAUGACUCUAAUGGAACUCAGCAGCGCUGUUCAAGCCAACGCACCCGUGAAGAUCAUGGUUUUGAAUAACGAAGAGCAAGGUAUGGUUACACAGUGGCAAUCGUUGUUCUACGAGCACCGUUACUCGCACACCCAUCAAUUGAACCCUGAUUUCAUGAAGCUAGCCGAUUCUAUGCAUCUAAAAGGAAUGAGACUUGAAAAGCAAGAGGACAUGGAGUCCACUCUCCAAGAAUUUGUUAACCACGAAGGUCCUGUUCUUUUGGAAGUCAUCGUUGAAAAGAAGGUUCCUGUUUUGCCUAUGGUUCCUGCCGGUAAGGGUCUUGACGAAUUUAUCAACUUCGAUCCCGAAACCGAGAGAAAACAGAACGAGCUACGUCGUCAACGUACAGGUGGUAAGCACUGA